AUGGCUGAGAAAAAACUGAUCGUGGUGUUCGGGGCAACCGGAGCUCAGGGGGGCUCUGUGGCCCAGGCUCUGCUGGAAGAUGGAACCUUCAGGAUCCGGGCAGUGACAAGGAGCCCCAUGAAGAAGGAGGCCAAGAAGCUGAAGCAGAAGGGAGCUGAGGUGGUGAAGGCAGAUCAGGAUGAUGAACCAUCGCUGGAGCUGGCCUUGGCAGGCGCUUAUGGAGCCUUCAUUCUAACCAACUUCUGGGAGCACUGCAGCAAAGAGAAGGAAAUCACACAGGGGAAGCGUCUUGCCGACCUGUCGAAGCGCCUGGGUCUGCACCACGUCGUGUACAGCGGCCUGGAGAACGUGAAGCAGCUGACAGGGGGCCAGCUGGAGGUGCCCCACUUUGAUGGCAAAGGUGUGGUGCAGGAGUACUUCCAGAAGAUUGGUGUUCCAACCACCACCAUCCGACUGCCAUUCUACUUCGAGAACUUCCUCUCUAUCUUCAAGCCGCAGAAGGCCACCCAGGGAGAUAACUUUGUCCUGGCACUGCCCAUGGGGGACGUCCCCAUGGAUGGGAUGGCAGUGGAGGACCUUGGGCCUGUUGUGCUUUCCCUGCUGAAGGCCCCAGAGGAGUACAUAGGGCAGGUGAUUGGGCUGAGCACUGGCAAGCUCACUGAGGCGGAGUACGCUGCUGUCCUCUCCCAGCAGACAGGCAAGAUAGUGGAAGCCAGCAAGAUGUCACCAGAGGAGUAUGAGAAGCCUGGCUCCCCAGGGGACAAGGAGCUGGCCGCCAUGUUCCGCUUCUACGCUCUGAAGCCAGACCGCAGCGUGGCCCUGACCAUGAACCUGAACCCCAAGGCCCGCACCUUCCCCCAGUGGGUGGUGGACAACAAGGCUGCCUUCUGA